ACAUGGAUGAUACGCUAUGGAAGCCAGCCCAGUCUUGAUAUAGGAAUGUAGUUUACAGGAUGAUAGCGCUUUUCAGUUGCCGUUUCCUCACCUUUCUGUUGUGCGUCUACGUGCGGGGGAUAUUCAGUAAAUCCAUCGCGGAAAAUGGACCACAGGAUGUGCGGGUGAAAGUUCAAGUCUUUGACAGCAGCGACCUCUCACCCCUGUCGCGCGCGAGCGUAGAGGUGCACGGCAACCAGAGCCUGCUGCUGUCCUCGGGGGCACCGCUCGAGACAGGAAGCGAUGGGAUAGUGGUGGUCUCGUUCCCCUACCAGGCGGGGACCUUGGUGAUCAUCAGCGCCUCCAAAAGGAAUUACAUCACCCACUCCGUGCCGUGGCACGCCAGCCGCAUCCCCUUGUACACAUCAGUCAGUCUGUACCUGCUUGCGGAGAGACCAGGGACCCUAAUUCUCUAUGAUGACAUCAUCCAGGUGUUACGGGGAUCCCCAGGGGUGCGAAACCAGCCCCGCGUGCAGCUGCAGAGGAGCUCCGUGUCCUUCAACUGCUCCGAAGCCGACGUGACGGCCACGCUCACCACCACCACGGCCCACGAGGAGCUCGGCAGCUUCCCCUACCUCAUGGGGAUGGAGCUCAACAGUACAGGUGGGGAGAGCGGCUGGGUGGAGCUCACGGCAGUGGCUGCGGUGAGUGCCCAGCUCUUCGACAACGAGGGGCGGGCAUUGGCCGUCAGCCAGCCACUGCACAUGUCCAUACCGCUUCCCUCCGACACGCGCGUCCGCAGCCCCACUAGCAUCCCUGUGUGGACUUACCAAAGCAGGAAAGGUCUUUGGGUCAGGAAUGGCACUGGAUAUAUUAGGCGCGAGGGUUCUAAGCUCACCUGGGAGUUCUCUCCGUCUCAGCUGGGCUACUGGGUCGCAGCCUUUCCAGGAUCGGCCCACCCAGGUCUAAGGGACAUCACUGCGUACCACACCCUCUUCCUGUUGUCCAUCCUGGCCUCACUGGCCCUGCUUGUCCUCGUGCUGCUCUGUGUGCUCCUCUACUACUGCAGGAGGCGCUGUCUGAAACCACGGCGACAGCAAGGGAAGCACCAGGGCUCCGCUGGACUGAAUGGCUCCAAGCGAGACCAGGGAACUUCGAUGUCUCGUCUCAACCUCAUCUGCGGAGGAGGAGGCCACCCAGAGGCUACAGGCACAUCCAUCAAUGACGCAGACGCCCCUGCCAAGUCUGAUUCGUCCCCCGCUAGAGACUACAAGAGCGCUCGCGACGAGUUCUCCAAGCACGUACCCGCUCAAAAGCUCCGGCACUCCAAGAAUAUGGGCUCCAAGAGCAAGGGAGGGGCGAAGGGUGAGAGUUUCCCCAUGAAGGUCCACCGCGCCACAGAGACCAGCAGCUCGAUGGAGCCAUCGUCGCUCCUUCGCGACGAGUAUGGCUUGCACAUCGCCUGCUAUGGCGGCCCCGCCGAAGACAAGGACUCAGAGUACCACCACCACCACCGGAGGAACGCCGCCAAUGACAACCGGGGCUACACCUCCGAUCCGCCGUCCCCACCGCCAGACAAGCCGCCAGAAUAUUCUCAGCUGUCGCAGCAGACAGCGGAACACCUGGCUCGGCCCACGUCGCUGAACACUCACCAGCCGGGCCAGAUCAUCUUCUGCAACUCUCUGGACCAGAUGAAGGAGAACCUGUACCGCAGCAUGGUGCCCACGCUCGUCAUCCCCGCGCACUACAUGCGACUCUCCUCCGAAUUCGGCUCUGGGGGAGGAGACCAGGGCAAAGAUGGAGGCCAGCACGAUAAAGACCGCCAGGGAGGAGGUGGAUCUGCUGGAGGAGGAGGAGGGACCCACCACCACCAUCAGCAUCAGCACCAGCAGGGUCAGCAGCAGGGCAGCUCGUCCCCAGACGACUCGGAGGGUAGCGGCAACAGCUGGGCCUCGUCCUCCAUGGGCCCGGGCAGCGGUGGCGCGGUGCACAUCCCUGUGCUCUUCAACGACUCCACCAUGGCCCAGAUGAACGGAGAGCUGCAGGCGCUGACAGAGAAGAAGCUGCUGGAGCUGGGCGUAAAGCAGCACCCGCGCGCCUGGUUCAUCUCCCUGGACGGCCGCUCCAACGCGCACGUGCGACACUCCUACAUCGACGUCAGCGCCGCCACCGCUGCCGACUUUGCGGGUCUGGGCCUCAGCCACGCGGCCAUGGUGCAGCACCAGCAGCAGCAGCAGCAGUCUUCGUCGCACUCGACACCCACCGGUGGCACGACCACCACCACGCACUCCAUGACGUCCACUCACCACUCCACCAACACCACGCAGCCCUUGAGCAGCAGCAGCAAGGACUGCAGCAGCCCCGACACCAUCUCGCAAGAGAGCCAGGAUCACCGCAAGCAACACACCUCCUCCAGCAGCCAGCAGCAGCAGCAGCGCAAGAGCAGGGACAGUGGGAAAGACGAGCGCUUCGGGACGGGGGGACGAAAGGGUCACAGCGGCGGAGGCUCCAGCAGCGGUGGAUCAUCUAACAAACCGUACUCCAAACUGGCGUACCAGGACGCCCUGGAGCUGAGUGGUGGGGUCGCCCGCAUGGGCGCCAGUUCGCCGCUGGAGAACCCGCUGACUCCGCUGCUCGACGAGGGUCCCGAGGAAGAGACGCCGUCGCGGGGGUCGCCGGCACACGCGCGCAGAGGUCGCAGCCGGGGAAACAGCUCGCGCAGCAGCAACAACAGCGAGUCGCGGCGCGACUCCGUCACGAGCCCAGAGGACGACCCGGACGACAAAGAGGGCAACAAGAAGAGCCCCUGGCAGAGGCACGAGGAGCGGCCACUCAUGGUCUUCCCCGCUGUUAAGAAAUAAAUCAAACAAACUUAAAAGGUACAGUGUGUAAUUUUUACUUUUUAUUUUUAAAGUUUUUUUUAGUGUUACUGUAAGUAAUCAAUAUUUCUAGAGAAGUAUGCUGCCCAUUCUGAAAUUUGAUCCUUUUCAUUAGUAUUGGCCUGGGUUUUGCGUAGGUUUUGCAGCCAAAGGAAUCUAUGACCAGAAUUCAAAAUGGCAAAUUUGCAUUGAGAGCAUCAUCCACCUCUUCAUGUAUGAAAAGUGCAAAUUGCAAGCCAUGAUAAAAUCUCAGAAGUUGUAAAUAGUCCUGAACAAGAUGACAUUCAUGAAUGGGCAUUAUGCAUUCUGGGAAUACUCUUCUAAAGAAAUUACACACUCUACUGUACUGAACAUGUACUUUAAAAGCUAAAAUGUCGGUACACUUCAGAUUCCUCCCAGAUUUUGAAUGUUGAGGAUUUCGGUCUAGAGACCUUUCCCAGGCUACAUAGGUCUACAGACUGAAGGCUUAUACAUUUUAUUUUUUUAAAUCUGAAAAGGCUCUAAGUGUGCAGACAUUUUUUCAUUUUAAAAAAUUGUGUUUUUAUUCUGGCACCUUUUAGGCGUGAUUGUGUUGUAACCUGUCACCAGAAAUAAAUGGUGAAAUGGAAGAGGCUUGAGGGGAGGAGAGGUCCAGCGGCAGUUUCAUGCCAAGAAAUAAAACCUGUUUGGGUCUGUUUUGGCAUUUACUCAUCUUGGUGAUAAGAGAAAGCCACAAAGAAAAUCAAGAUACUUGAAACAACGUUCUGAAACAAAUCUGUUUUUUUUUUCCGUCAACACAAGCACAUCUAAUUCAGUAAACAGCAAGAAAAUGAAACAAGCAAUGAUGCAGGAUUUGAAAGUCUGCCAUACAUGUUGGAAAUGCCAUAAUUAACCACAUACGUCAUACCACAAGACUGUUCCUGUUUUCGAACUUGUACCUGAACCUUAGCACAAAUAUGAGACUCUUCCGAAACAGGAAGCCGAGUUAAAACUGCUGACGAUUUUGUUGUAGUGAUCCAAUUACAAGGAUCUGGGUGUUUGACAUUAGAUGUUUUUUUAAUUGAUUUUUUAAAGGUCUUCAUAGAAAAUGUGGAAUUCAAAUGCAGUAUUAUACGUAUAUAUAUAUAGCUAUUCCCCCAAAAAAAUCUUCAAAUCUUUUCCCUUAUGUGACUUACAGGCAUUCUGAAUACUGCUGAAUAUACAGUACACAUCAUUCCAUGCCCAUAUUUAAACUUUGGGUCUAUGCGUACCUGAACACAUUUAUUAACUCACCGUCAUAUCAUUCAGGAACAUCUAGCGGUACUUAUAACUGUUGGUUUGUAAAUACGUACUAUAUUUUAAAUUGAAUUUGAGUCCGUUCAGACAGUCUAGUUUGCUGUGUGACUUAGAUGUGUGUUGAGCUUAAUGUGUUUUUUAGACUAUUCAAGGUUGCAUUUGUCACUUUUGUCCUUUUGCGUCACUUCUGAACGUCACUGCUGAUGUGUUAUACUGCAUGAAUCUGUCAUAUGAACUUGAUAAGUACAAUCUAGAUGGCCAAUUGAACAGACACUGACUCUUGAUUUUUAUUUAAGUUAAAGGUCCACUGUGUAAUUUUAGUCAUUUAUUUCCUAAGUAUAUGCUGCCUAUGAUGGUGUGACUACUCGGGCUAUGGGUGUGUCCUGGCUGUCAAGGCCAUCAAGCCUGGCUGGCUCUUGUUUGGGACCCUUUUAGGCCUGGGUUCGAGUCCUGGUGCGGCGUCUUUAGUCUCCUUUGCUACAAAUGGUGUCAGAAGUACAGUGUAAUGAAGCAUAGAUGAUGAGGCACACUGGAUAAAUCCUGGAAAUAAGCUACCAAAAAAUUACACACUGGAACUUUAAAGAACAAAUCACCAAAUAGGCUAUAUUCAUGCUGCUUGCAGUCUUGAUGUAAGACAAAGUCUAGGGUGCAUCAAAGUGAAAGGCCCUGAGCUUGCAGUAUCCCACUUUUCUCUUGCAGUAUUGCCCGUUUUUACAAGUUUUGCCAAUUUUCAGCAAAGUUGACCCACUGUACGUUUAAGGGUUGCACAUAUGGUUAGAAAUUUAACAUUGCAGUGAAUGAGUUUUAGCGAAAUCAGUGAAAAGUGUGUUUUGAGAUUGUUCAGAUCAAAACUAAUAAGGAUAAUCAUGUUGAAGAAUGCUCUAGUUGCCUUUCCUCUUUCCCAGGUUUGAAACCCCUCAUGUAUGUGUUUUGCUGCCUUCCCUUAGCGAUGCUCUAGCCCCCAUUUAACCAGAUGCAUACAGGCCAUGCGCUGAUCCAUUACACAUGCUUUGGGGACUUGGAGUGCGUUACAAUAUGCGACCUUGCCUCCUCCACUUGUGCUUGUCUCUUCGUCC